UCUGCCGUUGUUGUAUAAAUAUAAUAUUACAAUACAAAUGCAAACAAUUUCAGCCUCAAUUAUCAAAUGGUAACUGUCAAUUGUGGAGAGGACAUGAAAAACAGAUCUUUGCUAUCAGAUUACUAAAUUUCUAACAGAUGAACCUCAAAGCUGUGCACUUUUUAUUUUUUUAAACGAAUCUUAACCAACUAGAGCAUUGCAGCAUUUUUGUGUGGAUAUAAGGCGGUCUCAGUAACAGCUUCUGUGCAAUAGACGAAGGCUGUAGGCUUUAUGGAUUACACUAUCAGUUGUAAGCAGGCCUACUUCAGACACUAGUACAUGCCAGGUAUGGAAGAUAGCUACCUCGCUCGGCUCUCGACAGUUCAUUUAGUACCGAAACAGAGGUGGUGUAAGGCCACAUCAUAUAUCAGACAUAUAUGGCACACAUGGCGACAAUAGAUUAAUAACGGCAGGCAAUAUGGUGGUUUAAAGUGACAAGUAAGGCUUUGCAAACUUCACAAUAACUGUUCGGACAACGGACAACUUGCUUACCAGCAGUCUUGGAUAUAUUAUUGUGUCAGUGUGUGUCUCAGUUCAUGACGAUUGUCUUGCUGGAAUAAAUGUGCUUGGUCAGACAGACCAACUGACUGUUUAACGACUUUCUUAAUUUAACUCUGAUGAAAGGGAAAUAUUCAGAAUUCCAACUUCACUUGGACAUGCAAUAUCAACCAGGCUACCACAAUGAUGAUCUUAAUGUGGUUAACCAAUAACUUUGCGGCACUGUUCAUGCUCCACAAUGGCUGCCCCUGAAAGUUUCAGAAGAACCUUCACCUUUUCGCGUCCACAAUGGUAGCAAGCUCAAAGAUGAACCUACUGUUCUUCUUCGGGAUUUUGAUACCAGCCCUGGUGACAGUAGUGCUGUUUGUUGUGUUCUGCUAUUGCUAUAUCAAGAUGCGAAUCCGCAACCAGAUUCGGUACAAGAAACACGAUCCGCACAAGAUUGAGCGCCUACGAGAGAUUGGCAAGAACUACGAACCACCACCUCCCCCUCUCCCACCAUUCAAAAAGAGCACGGCGCUGCUUUCAGACUCUUACAACAACAAUAUUCACAAAAACAAGUCUUCGGAUAAUUAUGAGGCUCAACCAGAGCCCACCGAAGGUUUGGACAAUCCUGCGAUGUACAGGACCAAUCCAGACAGUGGCUUCUCUGAAUUGAAUCAAAUCGUGUGCAAUGUGGAGACCAACUCGUCUUCACCCACAUCUCGAGUGCAAAGGCGAGAGAGUGACAUGUGCCGACCCCACUCGCCAGCAUCUGAUGACUCAGAUGACUCAGGAUUUCGUAGUUCUCGUUCAGGGCAGUAUUUACACAGUGCCAGCAGUAGCAACGCUAAUUCACAGGAGACAGGACUCCUAUGUAGCGGGGUGCACAGUUUACAUGUGCAGGACUCAGUGCCAUUGUUUAAGCCAAUCAAAAUCCAUCCAAAGGAAAAUGGACGUCCACCGACAGUUUCUUACAUUCAUAGGAACUCGAGUAAACAGUUAAGUCAGAGACAGCGUUUACCGUUGCCAUCUAGUCAGCAUGUUCAACAUGCAGAAUCUCAUUUAAUAAACUCUACAAACACUUCCAACCAUCAAAUGUGUAUGCCAGUCGCGACAUCGUGUUAUUCAGGUCACGUGUCAGCUGGUGGCAUUCAGUAUGUCAGCAAGUCAAACAAUGACGUGCAUGGUGGCAGACUACACAGCAUUGAUAGCCAUUCACGCCCGCUCACUUACGCCGGAGAUUAUGGACUUAAAUCAUGCAUGAAUAACUGUGAUGUUAGAAACACUAGUGUUCAUAAUAACGAUCAAUUCCUGAACAGCAUCGGUUACGGUAGCAAUGUCAGUAGUUUCGACCAACAGUUUAGCUUGGGAUAUGGAGAGCAUUUUGCAUUCCAAGGAAAUAAAGUCCCGCUGAUCGGACAUUAUCCUUCCAAUCCCUAUAUACCUGGCUACCACAUUUCGAGCACCAGUCACAUGCGGCCAAUACAACCUGAACAAACGCUGUUCAGCAUCGACAGCACUUUUGCGGGAAUCGGACACCCUCCCCAGCUUACCACUACACAGGCGCUGGUGCAUAAAACUUUUAUAGAGGAACUAGGCGACCCAAAACUUUUUUCGGUUGUGUAGCAGUUAUCGACUUAAGGUUGUGACGUUUUGUAAGUUGUGUUCAAAUGGAGAAUAAUUACUGAAGUGUAUAAUCGUUUAAAAGUUUCCAUGUUGUGCUAAAUGUGUAAUAUUUAUUUAUUACAUUGACAUUAUAGGAUAUGUAAAAUUGGUGCAUGCGACCUUAAUGUUCAAAACAUGUGUAUGCAACAUUAUAUGAACUUUGGAUUUGAUCAAGCUGUCCGAUCUGGCAGUUUGAAGUCCUUCAACAAUGGAAGGACAUGCAACAAAGGCAUUUAUUACUGGUUUGCAUUUUAAAUUUUUAUACAGCUGUUUUGUACGGUAUAUGGACAUUUUUUUUAAUCAUGACAUUGCUUACUGCUUCUAUAUAAAUUCAUGCAUAAUGCUAAAAUGACUUUGUUGCUUACAUGAACAGGAAUGAAGUUUAAAACGAAAUGUAUAUUCUUAGAAUUUCCACUUAUAUCCAAAGACUGUUAGGAUCUAAUGAAAUCCCUCAACCAGUCAAUUUAGUUAGAUUUUUUAAUAAUAUGUAAAUAAAUCCCUAAAAAUUGAAGGAAAUCCAUCUUGUCUUCAAAGCAAAUUAUAGAUCCAAAAUUUGACAUGAAAAGUAUACAAACAAUAACAAAAAACUUGCAAACAAAGGAAAUUCAAUUAUUAGAGUCUAUACUAAUGAAUUGUUUUCACCAUUUAUCUUUGGCUUGGUUAGUGAAGCUUAAUUUUCUGGAAUCUUGCAUAGGUGGUAUAUUUAAAAGAACAAAAUGAUAUUUAAUUAUAUUAAUUAUAUGAAUCAUUUAAUGAAACUUAAAUAAACAAAAGGUGAAUAGAGAGUAAAGUCAUCAUUUAUGAAAUAAAAACUCCUUUGCACAAUUGCAUUCAAAAUUCUACAUUUUUAUUAUUAUCUGUCUGUAUUGCAAAGAGACAAAAAUGAAGUGAAACCUGAUACACGUUCAUCUUUUAAUUAAUUGAAUGUCAGAAAGAGUUCAUAACCAUUAUGAUACCAUGAAAAAAUGCUAUGAAGGACAGAGUGUUCAGUGACGUCUGUUCUCAGUGUUAUAGUUAUAAAUCACACUGUAUAACAUGACACUGUUUUAUAAUUUCUUGCAAAUUAAUGAAUUUUCACCAUUUAUUCACUUUAUCACUGUCAGACCUUUUUCAAGCGUUGUACAUUACAUAACAAAGAAUCACAUUAUCACAAAGUAAGGGAUAAAACACUAGGUGCACAGCAAUUGUUCCUUUGGUUUUAAUUUAAUUGUCUUGUUAUAAGUUAUGGGCUUAUCUUUUCAAAUGAAAACUAUUUAUCUUUUUCUAAUUUAAUAUAACUCUACUCAACUCAACACUUUGUAAUAGGUAGAAUUCAGUCUCAAAUUUGCUGAAGCCAUCAGAUUCAUUCUUAUAUGCACUGCAAAAAGAUUCAUUGCACCUAUAUGCUUGUUAAAAGCACCGUAACAAUAGAACAUAUAUAUAUAACGUAAAACAUUGUUGAAUAAAUCUUAAAACAAUUGUUUGAUUCAUAGAUUACAGUCAAGUGCAAAUCUCACUAAGUCAUACAUUGAUUGCAUGCAUUUAUAUAUUAUUGUUAAUAUUCAUGUUCAUUAUGGUCCAGAAAAUAUGGGGAAAACAUGUCUUUCUGGAAAUAAAAUAUAAAAUCACA